AUGCACAAAGCCCCCGUUUGGGGGAGAGGGCAGGAAGCCUUUGACAGCGUGGAGGGCGGGAGCAAGAGGACUCCUGAGCACGCAUGGGAAUGGGAGGCGGAGCCCCAGCACCUCCCGCCCUUCCAGCCUCCCGCCCUUUUCGACCAAUCGGCCGAGCGGGAGAUCUACCCGGCGGCCGAGAUCUCCCUCUGGACGGUGGUGGCCGCCAUCCAAGCGGUCGAGCGGAAGGUGGACACCUCGGCCGCCCGGCUGCUCAACCUGGAAGGCCGGAUGGCCACCGCCGAGAAGAAGGUUUUCGAGUGCGAGAAAACGGAACUCGAACUCGGCAACCACCUGGCGGCCCUGGGCGCCCUGAUCCAGGAGUACCGGGGGCUCCAGCGGCGCCUGGAGAACAUGGAGAACCUGCUGAAAAACCGCAACUUCUGGAUCCUCCGGCUCCCCCUGGGCCCGCGGGGGGAGAUCCCCAAGGUGCCGGUGACGUUUGACGAAGAGGAGGCCGUGAAUUUUUCCAGCCUGGAAUGGGCCCAACUGGAGGACUGGCAGAAGGAGCUUUACCGGAACAUCACGAGAGGGAACUACAAGCCGCUGGUCUCGUUGGCCGAAGCGUUGGCUUCCAAAGACGACCUCUUGUCCUGGAUCAAGCAGGAGGAAUCUGCCGGUCCCGGGAAGUGGAAUCUGGAGAGGGAAAUCCCGGCCCCCCUCGGCUACGAGGAGAGUACACCGGUCAAAACCGAGGAACAGCAGCUCCAAGAAAGUUUGAAACAGACCUUUCCCGCCCGGCUCCAGGCAACUCCCGGCGACGUCGUCUUACAGGCGCCCCGAUGCUGCCAGAGGCAAAGCUGCCUGCAGAGUCAACCUGUCCCUCCUCCUCUUACUACUCCUACUCCUAUUACUCCUACUCCUACUACUACCACUACCCAAAAGCCACCCCACCCCAGUGAGAGAACCUGCCCGGAUCCCGAGGCCGCCCCACCAACGACCUGCUUGAAGGAAGGACAGCUGAGAUGCUUCAAGGGUCCGGAGGAGUUUUCCUCGCCCCCGAGGGUCCCCGCAGGAGAGGAAGGGUACGGGGAAGGGGUCAGGCCGGUGACCGAAUCCGGGCUCUCCCAGAUCCCCGAGCCCUACCUGUGCCCGGAGAGCAACGGCAGCUUCGGCGACGUGCCCGUCUCCGAAACGGCCGGAGGGCCGCACGCCUGUUCCCUCUGUCCGAAAAGCUUCCGGCUGAAGACCAGCCUGUUGAUCCACCAGAAAACGCAUGCCGUGGAGAAGAGCGACAGCCCCUUUGUCUGCGCCGAGUGCGGCUGCGGCUUCAGCCACCAGGCCCAGCUGACGCGCCACCAGGCCGUCCACGCCGACCGGCCGCACCAGUGCUCGGAGUGCCACAAGGCCUUCAACCGCAAGUCCAGCCUGGUGGUCCACCAGAAGACCCACCGCGAGCGGCCACGGCCCUUCCAGUGCCCCCAGUGCAGCAAGACCUUCAUUCGGAAGCAGCACCUGGACGACCACACCCGCACCCACACGGGGGAGAAGCCCUACCAGUGUCCCGAGUGCGAGAAGCGCUUUGCCGAGAAGUCCAAGCUGACCAACCACUACCGCAUCCACACCGGAGAGCGGCCAUACCGCUGCGGGCAGUGCGACAAGCGCUUCGUGCGGGCCCACCACUUGGUCAAGCACCAAAGCAGCCGUAUGCACACGGGAGAGAACCCGUACGCCUGCCCACACUGCGGCAAGCACUUCCGGUACAAGCAGUCCCUCAAGCAACAUCUGCGCAUGCACAGGGAGCCGCCGCCGCUGCCCCCGCCGCCACUACCGUCUGGGCCUGCUCUGCCAGUCAUCAACCCCUUGGAGAAGGACCCUCUCUUGGAGGCCAACCCACCCAGUGGAACUUGA